CUGAGCUCACCUGAGCAUUUGCUGCGACAUCAAGAGAUUGAAACAUAAGUUUGAGGAUCUUGAAGUUCUGGGUCGAAGGUCGCUGCCACUCUAGCACUACUAAGAUUCAUAGCUAUGGAUUCGUGGUGGCUGGCAGUAUCGCGACUCCCAAGGCUUAACACGUGAUAAGAGUGGGCUACAAGUCUACGUCAACCAAGGUGCCCAAGCGGCUGAUCUAUGCACCUUGCUGGGAAUGCUGCUGCACUACCCACGACAGCUCCAACGUUCCAACACUAGAAUUUACAACAGCACACCCCAACUCUGGCUACCUCGUCACCAUUUGAAUUGACAGAGAGCAACUAUAAGACGCACCACUUGACUGAUCGCCUUCAGAUAUCACCCAGCGCCAUCAAACAUGGCUUCCAAGAAAACCAAGGCGCCCGCCGCCGACGACAACCUCGACGAGCUCUUCUCCGGCAUUGGCGACGACGCCAAGACCAAGAAACCCUCUGGCGCAGCAUCCAAAACUUCCAAAACAGCGGCCUCCAAGAGCAAGGCAGACGAUCUCUUUGCCGACCUCGAAUCCGAGCUCGCGUCCCCGCCUGAGCAAGCAGCUAUUUCCCGACCACACACCCCUCGCGUGAACCCCGGCAAGCGGUCGACUGCGACGCCCCCCGUCACAGACGACAAGGCCUCUGCUGCCGCCGUCGGACGAAAGUCGACAGACAGCGCAAGGAGUCUGAGGGCAAGCUUCACACCCAGCGCCACAAGCUCAGAGCUUCACGAAGCAGAGAAGAAGGGUCCCGUCGAGCAGACAGCGCAAGCACCUGCUGCCCAGCAACCACAACAACAGCAGAGCGGUGGAGGAUGGCUUGGGGGAUGGAUCUCUACAGCCACAGCGACGGCCAAUGCGGCUAUGAAACAGGCCGAAGCUGCGUACAAGGAGAUCCAGCAGAACGAGGAAGCCAAGAAAUGGGCGGAGCAAGUCAAGGGCCUCCGCCAGAUCGACGUGGGAGCCAUCCGUCACUAUGGUGAUGAGCUUCGCCACAUGGCCAUGCCGACGUUGUCGAACAUCUUACACACCCUGGCACCCCCAAUUGGGUCACACGAACGACUCCUGAUUCAUAUCACCCAUGACCUCGUCGGAUACCCUUCGCUGGACCCAUUGAUUCAUGGAGUCUUCGCGCGCGUCAUGUCGCAAGUCGAGGGAGGAGAUCUGUUGGUCGUUCAGCGUGGGGCAGAGAGCGCCUCGCGACGAUCCAGCGAUGGCUCGGCUGGCUGGCACGACGGGCCUUGGUGGCGCCAGGUCGAUUCCCCGCGUGAGUUGGGUCUGGUCAAGGGAUUGGCAGAGGGCACGAAGCUAUGCCGUGCCAGUGCCGAGAGCUAUUCCGCUGAGUAUUUUGCUGCGCACGGUGGCAUCGACGAGGCCAAGAUCAGGGCUACCGAAGCCGUCAGCGAGACCAACCCCGUGCGCACCUCGGACCUAUUCCUGUCCGUGCAGGCCAUUUCCAUGGAUGGUGAGCUGAAGCUGUUCGCCGGCAGUGCUACUGCCGAGCAAGAGAAGGAGGCGUCUGCGGUCAAAGACCAGGCUGAAGAGGAGGUCUGCUUUGCCGUCUACAUCCUCGACCCCGUCCACGAUAUACACUAUGCCACUGUCAGCCAGGCUAUUCCCUCGCGGUGGGUGCGUUGGCUUGAUGCACCAGCUCUCUUGACGCCGACAUCCGGCGAAGAGGAGUCCAAGACUCCGACUGAUCUCAAUGAGUUGCCUGACGAGAUUCGCGAAAUUGUCGCCAGUGGUGGCGUCGAUCCCCGGGAGUGGGUUGCCGAGUGGAUCGAGGAGCUUCUGAGUCUGUCUGUCGGCGUGGUCGCUCAACGAUACGUAGCCAGGCGGAUGGGUGUUGGCGAGGGCGGCCUUGGCAAGGGCAAGAAGAGAAUGGAGGAUGUCGUUCUUGACAAUGCUGGCGAAGCGGCCAGAGCCGGUGUGAUCUAGCCUUGUUAUGGCGGCCUCGGAAUCCAGGGUCUUUAUGAGCGUUUCCAUGUUGUUAUUAAUAUCAAGCAGUCCAUUACCUCCACUGCUGCUCACGAUAUGUUCUU